AUGAUACAAGUUCAAAGAGGAAGGACUCAAAUAUUGAGAAACUAUCUCGUUUGCCUCAAGGGCUCCAAGAUCCAGAAACGUGCGCUGCCCCGCCGCCAACAGCCUAUCUCAUCAAAGUCGCAGCUCAUAUACGUGUCAUCAUCAACGCCAUUCAUGGCUGUCGUAUCACGUGUGCGGAAGCAGCUCGACAAGUCUCUCAAGGGCAACGUACCCUCGACGAAAGGUAUGUCACUUGGGCAGCGCAUCGACCUGCUGCAUCGUGACGGAGGAACGAAGGUUAAUGAUGCCGAGGCGGUUGUCCUGGGUACUGGAAAGGCCAUUGAGAAAGUUUUAAGUGUGGCGGGAUGGUUUACGCAGCAGAGUGAUUGUGAGGUUGAGGUGCGGACAAGGACAGUUGGGACGGUGGACGAUGUUGUGGUUGAGGGCGACGAGGGUGGGUUCGGGGAUGAGGGGAGGGUUAGAAAAGUUAGCUGCUUGGAAGUCACAGUCAAGCUGCGGUGA